AUAUUUUGCAUUAUAAUUAUUAAUGUAUUUCUUUCUCAACUUGGAUUAGUUUGACAUAUAGAACUUAAGCCCCUUUUUGGAAGUGCGAUGAAAUUUUGGGAAGCUGGCCAUAUAAUUAGAUUGAUAAGAGUGUGUUUACUUUAUUGGAAGUUUCCUUUUUUUCCUUAUUUACACUUGAAUGCCGUAAAAAUACAAGUUUUAAGUGAUUUCUUGAAAAAUUGAAGGAAAUUUAAGUGUAAUUGUAUUGAUAAAGCUUUGAAUUUCCCUAGUUGAUGCAAACUAAAUACCACUAGAUGUUCUAUUAAGACUUGAAUGUGAUCGAUUUCUAAAAAUCGUUUGUGUCAAAAAUAAUUUUUGAACGUUCAUUCAAUUGAAACAUGUCAUGUAGCUAUGGUUGAUAUCGUGCACUUCAAGUUGUCAAAACUCAAUUGCUAACUAAUAAGAAAAAUAUAUGAAUUCAUAAGUUCAAUGAGUUUACAUGCGCACGUCGUAAAUAAUGGCACUUGGAAUUUCGAACUACUCAAUCCAUAUCUAAGAUGAUGAGUGGGCGAGAGAGAAAUAUAGUGGGUUUAUUUAGAUCGUAAAUAUCAUAAUUUGAGUGAACAAUGUGAUUUGCUGUCAUUGAAGUUAUUCUAAAAAAAUGUUAAACUCUAACUUUAAGGGUCCUCCAUCACCUCAUCCCUGGAGUAUCAUGAGAAAGGUUAAUCACGAGAUGUGCCACAGCUGGUUAGGGAACAAAAGUUGUUCAUACACUAAUGCCCACAAAGAGUCUCAAUCCAUGUUUCAAGAAUCGAAUCUUCACACUGCGGCUGUCAGCAAGACUAAAUAUAUCUCACCAUUUUCUUUUGCAACGGGAUAUGCCUCUUUCUAACUUACAGGUGAGGAUAUGAAAACCUCGUAAAAAUAAGAAGUGCUCACCUAAAAUCGAAACGCAUGGACUGUGUAAUGUGGAGCUGCCACAUAUACAGUUUUGCAUGUAAAACCAUUAGUACUAUCAAGCCACGCACCUCUCUGCCAUACCUCACACCCUCCUUGUCACUCUCCCUCUCUUUAUAGCUCUCUGUAUGUAUGUCUCUUCUUUAACUCUUCCAUUUCAUUCACAAAAAUUUAAGAUGGGUAGUAUUUGUGCUGAGAUGCCACACAAGUUUCGUGACUCUCACCAGCUUUAUUCCAACAAGAAAAGUAUCGAAAUUCCACCGAGAAAACUCCUUGGCCGCCUGUCCACGGCUGCGGCGAUGGAGUUCUUCAUGGAGUCUCCAAAAGGUAAGGCGGCUAUUUUCCGGAGAUUCUUGCCGUAUAACAAUGAUGACGAUGACCCUUACUCAGCCGACGAUUUCAGAAUGUUCGAAUUUAAGGUGCGUAAGUGUAGUCGGAGUAGGAGCCACGACUGGACGGAUUGUCCAUUCGCGCAUCCCGGAGAAAAGGCUCGGCGAAGGGAUCCGAGGAAGUAUAACUAUACGGGAACUGUAUGUGCUGAGUUUCGAAAAGGCUACUGUGGAAAAGGAGAUCUGUGCGAGUACUCGCAUGGCGUAUUCGAGUCUUGGCUACACCCAACUCGGUAUCGAACAGAGGCGUGUAAAGACGGCAAGAAUUGCCAGCGAAAGGUUUGUUUUUUCGCCCAUUCUGCCCGUCAACUUCGCACUCCAUCUUCAUUCUGUAUCGAGAAAUUGCACCACCAUUGCUGUAUUCAUUGUCAUUCGAUUACUAAUUCUCCAACUUCUACUUUACUUUGUACGACCAAUUUGUCCCCCGGCCCAAAUUCACCGGUUUUCAAUUCUGGUCGAGCGAGUUAUAAAGAUGCAAUGACUGAAUUGACGAGCUCAUUCGAAGCCAUGAAUGUGAAUGAUUUUUCUCUGGCUAGGAAGGGUAAUUUCCCUUGGAUCGACGAACAACCUCACUUCAUUUUAUCUCCUUCGAUGACAUCGACUACUAAAUUGAUUAAUGAACAUAACAAGUUGUUCAUGGAAGACCGUAGGUACAAUAUUAAUGAAGGUAACUUGGGUGGACCUGAUCUUGGGUGGGUCAAUGAUCUCUUGACCUAAAUAAUGAAGAUUUUUUAUUUUCAUAUUUUGUGGAGAAUUUUUAAAUAUUGUUGCUUUUAAUUUGAAUUCUAGUGUAAGGUGUUUGUAAUAAUCUUCCAAUAAUGUAAUAUUUCUCUUCUUCUUC